AUGGCAGAGCAGGCAGGGCGACUACCGUAUUUUCUACCGACGGAGGUGGCUAUGCACAGUACAGCCCAGGACUGUUGGCUAAGUUGCUUGGGAGGGGUCUACGAUCUCACCUCGUACAUCGCGCUGAAUCCCGAGAGUCUGAUUUGCAAGUAUCUGCUGGCUCACGCGGGUAGGGACGUCAGCCACUGGUUCGACGCUCGGAUUUUCGGGCGCAAGCGUCUACGGCGCUACGUCGAACCGGCAACCGGCCUUUGGCGGAUCCUUCUGCCCUACAGCAACCCGAUGCCGGAGGGCGUGCAGCAAUCGGAGCUCGAGGAGGACUGCGACUGCAGCUGGCACGGCAGCCAAGGACUUGCCGAAAGUGACAACUUAUUCAAACGUCCACUCGGUAUACUUAUCCCUUCGUGA